CGCGUGUAUACACUACAGUAAACGUAACCUUAAAUCUAUCAUUUGAACACAAAGUCUGUGUUUUCGAAUACAAACGAUGGUAAACGUGGGUGAUCAAACUUAACGGAGACCAAUUUUAAUUUCCAUGUGAUAUUUAAAAAAACCCUCAUCACCGGAUAUCAUUGGAUUACAAGCGUGAGGAAAACGAGAAAAGAUUUUAUUCGUAAGGCAUCAUAAUGCCACAGCUGUAUAAUCGACGUGUCAUAGGUCAAACCGAUGAGAUACCAUUUCGCAGGCUUCGACGUUACAGUUGAUGUCGUGUUCUUUGGCGAAACAUCGACUACCUCUCUGUCAUUUGUCUUUACAUCCUACUGAGCUCCAUUAUAUAAUUUCAUCACGAUCAAUCCACACUUCGCUAACGGUCCAGUCGGCUGUCUGCACCUUGAGCAAAAAUUUUCACAAAUGGCACGAACGAAUGUAAAAAGACGACAUUCUGAUUUGCCGCAAUUCGAAUCAGUUGUUAGAAUCUCCAGUCUUCCCAUCAUAGAAAACGGUAUUCACAUAGCUGGCAAUGUAUACGAUAGAAUAAAGCGCUCGAAUUCAUUGAUGGGUUGGAGUUUGUAUACUGCUGAACAGUCAUUUGCGAUCGCAACAGCGUCAGCAAAACCCGCGAUUCAUGCAUUAAAUGGACCUAUUACAACGAUCGAUCAAUUGCUCUGUAAGGGUAUAGAUAUUGUUGAGCAAAGAGUGCCAGCAGUUCAUCUUCCGCCACAUCUUAUGUACUGCAAUGCACGAGAAUACGUGAACAAUAAAAUCGUCAGACCUGUUCUAAUGCGUGCCGGAAGUGUGAAGAUAAUAGGAAGCCAAGCUGCGGAUGUUGCAGUAGACACGUUAGAUGGUGCUUUAACUGUUGCGGACAAAUAUGUUGAUCAUUAUUUGCCUGCUGAUGUUACCGACGGUAUAGAUGAAGUUGCUUCUCCGGAAUCGGUAAGUAAGACCAAACGAACUAUCAAUCACGGUGCCAGACUAUCUAGGAAAUUACAGAAACGACUAACACGUCGCACGCUAGCUGAAGCUCGAGCACUUAAGGAACAAGGAACGGAAUGCAUUCAUAUACUUUUGUACGUUAUAGAAUUGUUAGCAACGGAUCCAAUAUUAGCGUUCCAAAAAGCCAAAGAGCUGUGGGGAACUUUAAGUUUGCCCGAACCGGAAAAUCAAGCUCGGCCAACCACUGUAGAACAAUUAUUGGUUCUUCUAACGCGUGAAUCUGCACGUCGUAUUGUACAUCUGGUGAAUGGAACAGCAGCUUUAGCAGCCAAAACUCCUCGCAAUCUUGGCAGACUUCUCAUUAGAGUUUCAAAUCAAUUGCAUGUAAUUGCAAAUGCUACGUUAAACAUGAUACCAAUCAUCAGUCAAAAGGAUGCAACGAAGAAACAUAUUUCAGCUGUACGUUUAGCCAUACAAAGGCUCAAUUCAAUUACGAAUCAUUUAUUGGAACAAUUUGCAGCUUUUCUAGCUGGUCGUCCAAGCGUUUCAAAAGUAACACACGUCCAGACUCAUCAGCAAAACCACAAUAACCACAGGUCGAUGUCUUCCAAUCUGCCAGUAAAUGGUAUCGAAUUGAGACAGACUAGAAGCAAGCACAUUUCUAUUUACGCUGUGAACGCGACGUUUUCUCUAUACUUUUCUAGUUUUCAUACAAACAAGCGAUUAGCGAUAAAUAAAAGAAUGGCUACCGAAAUUGCACAACUGCCCCACAUCGAAGUGUUUCAUCGUGUAAUGGAACUUCCAGUAAUUGAAAGUGCAAUAUCAAAAUCUACAGCAACAUAUUUGCGUGUGAAAGAUUGCAACCAGUUGGUUCAUUGGGCACUAACCACUGCAGAAACUUCUUUAAGCAAUGCAACGAAGCAAGCAGUACCUAUUGCUGCUCCCAUAGCUAAGAAACUCGAGAACCCUAUACACUUCUUUGACCACACGCUGUGUCUUGGUCUCGACAAAAUCGAAGAAAAAGUACCAUUGGUUAAAGAGAAACCCGAGCAGGUUAGAAAUCAAUCCUUUUUCCGUAUUUCGCUUGUUAAUAAUUUAAUAAUUUCCCAAGCUUUAAGUUUGAGAGAUAUAAGUUGGAACAAAGCGAAUCAGAUUUUAGAAACACAAUAUGGCAGUGCAGCUGUUAGAGGUUUGGACAGCACAGCUGAUAUUGUUGAUAAAUUAAUUGAUAAAUUUUUUCCUGCUACAAAAGAUGAACAAUCAAUAGAAAAAAUGGCAGAUAAUAAAAGCACCUCAUCAUCUGAUAGUACACCUCAUCUCGAAGUGAUUAAUCGCGUAAAAAGCAUUCCUGUUAUUCAUUCAGCCAUAGAAAAAACGGGAUCGACAUAUUCUUAUCUCAAAGAUUCGCAUCAUUUAAUCAAUUGGGCAUUAACUCAAGCCGAAGCUGGAUUACAUUAUGCAACUGCCACAGCUGCUCCUCUUACUGCACCUUUAGCUAAAAAGUUCGAGGAACAAAUUACUGCUGUAGAUCAAAAAUUAUGUGAAGGAUUAAAUAUGGUCGAACAAAAAGUGCCAAUCAUGACACAACCACCUCAAAAGAUUUAUGAUGCAGCCAAAGCAGUAAUGAGCAGUUCCUUGCAGCCAACAAUUGACAAAUUACACGCUGCAAAAGAGUCAGCUACGCAACAAGCAUCAACUCUUAAAGAAAUCAGUAUGGCAAAGGCUAAUGAAUUGUUAAAUACACAAUAUGGUAAUAUGGCAGUACAAAGUGUUGAUAAUAGUAGCGUUCUCAUUAACGGUUUAUUGGAUCGUUAUUUCCCACCAAUAGAAGGGGAAGAAAACAUGCCAGCUCCAGUAUCUGCCGAUGAGAAUAAAAUUUUGCAUGCUGUACAAACCAUUGGACAAUUAUCCACGAAAACCGCUAAUCGAGUAUAUCAUUCGGUCGUAGCACAAUUAAAAACAGUGAAAAAAGAGGACGUUGCGUCAUAUAUGUCAAGCGUUAUAUCUAUUCUUCAUCUAACACACUUUUUAAGUUUGAACGAUAAACAAAUCAAUACUAAAGAUGCGACUGAAGAAAAUACAGAAAAAAAAUAAAUACGAAGAAUAUCUUACUAGUAAUUUUACAAUAAUGCACCUCUCG